AUGGAAGAUCGGCGCCAAGCUCAGAUAGAGGCGUGGCUAGCUGCAGAAGAUGAUCAGAAUGAAAUAUACGAAGAUUGUUCAAGUUCAAAUGCCGAAGAAGAUCACCUUGAAGAGCAGGAACAUCUAUCGGAGUCCGAGCAAGGCGAAGAACUUCCAGGUGAGGCAAGCAAUUCUGAAUCGGAAGAUGUUGAGCCACCUCAGCGAAACCGACGCGUUAACUUUUAUUCUGGCGUAGAUAAUACUAUGUGGUCAAAAACUGGCCCUUUGAAUAGAGGAAGAACUCGUCAACAUAAUAUUGUCUUUGUUGCCCCUGGUCCUAAAGGAAUAGCCAGACAAAAAACUACUCCGGAGGCCUGUUUUGCCUUAUUUUUAGAUGAUAACAUAAUAGAUCUCCUUACCAAAUAUACAAAUAUAAAAAUAGACUAUAUAAAGAAUAAAUAUGCAAGAGAGAGAGAUGCUAAACAAACAGACGCAAUGGAAAUGAGAGGCUACAUCGGAAUUCUACUGAUGGCUGGGGUAAUGAAAAUAGGCCGAUUGAGCGUUGCCCAAAUAUUUGAGCACGUAAAGCAUACAGGAAUUGAUGCUAUUUACUUGACUAUGUCUGAACAAAGAUUUAAAUUUUUGACACGGACUUUGCGCUUUGAUGACGUUAGAGAUCGCCCAGUUCGUGCUUGUAUUGAUAAACUGGCUCCAAUAAGAGAGUUUUUAGAUUUGUUUCUCAUAAACUUUCAGAAAUAUUUUAUUCCAAGUGCUGAAAUGACGUUGGAUGAACAGCUCUUGUCUUUUAGGGGACGCUGUUCUUUCAGGCAAUAUAUCCCAAGCAAGCCGGCAAAAUAUGGAGUGAAGGUUUUUGCUCUCGUGGACGUUCAUUACCCGUACACAUUCAAUUUAGAAAUAUAUGCAGGUCAACAACCUGAAGGCCCAUUUCGCUUGAGCAAUGAAAGACAUGAUGUGGUUAUGAGGUUAUCACGUCCAGUGCUAGGUCAAAACAAAAAUAUUACUAUGGAUAAUUGGUUUUCUUCUCUUCGUGUAGCAAAAGAAUUAUUUGAAAAUGGGACCACUAUGGUUGCCACAAUUAGAAAGGAUAGAAGAGAAGUACCACGAGAAUUUCGGAUUGCAAGAGGAAAUCCAUUAUGCUCUUCAAAAUUUGGAUUCCAUCAAUCAUGUACGCUAGUUUCUUAUAUACCUAAACCUAACAAAGUUGUGAUUUUGAUGUCAACAAUGCACAAUGACUCUGCAAUUGAUGCCGAUACGGGAGACCGUCGGAAGCCAGAAAUAAUAACUUAUUAUAAUCGAACAAAAAAUGGUGUCGACUUAGUAGACAAGAUGUGCUCCCUCUACGACGUGUCCAGGAAUUCAAGACGUUGGCCUCUAACUGUCUUUUUUGACUUGAUCAAUCUAAGCGCACUAAACGCGUUAUGUAUUUAUACCGCAAACAAAAAUUAUGAAGCUGUCCGUCGACGUAACUUCCUUAUAGAUCUGUCUUUGGCUUGGAUGAAACCUCAGGCUCGACGAAGAUUGGAUAAUAAUAAAUUACCAAGAAGUCUGGUAUUUAAAAUAAAAGAUUUUCUUGGCAUUAUUGAAACGGAAAACCCGGCUACAACGUCAGCACAGGCACCAAGUACUUCCGUAGGUCGCUGCUAUGACUGCGGUAGAAAGCGCAACAAAAGCACUCGAAAACACUGUAGCACCUGCAAAAAGUUUAUUUGUGGCGAUCAUUCAAAGAUUGUCUGUCUAUCUUGUUUAGAAAACACCAAUUAG